AUGCAUUGCAAAAAGAAUAUACAGGAAGUAAGUAAAGGAGCAAAAAAAGUAGCAAGAGAUAUAAGCACACAUCAAAACUAUGCAUCCCAAAUAAGCACCGCUCUCGUACUCGCAAGUGGCGCGGGCGCAUCGCGAAGUAUAAUGAAUGUGGGCUCAUCGCGAGCCCGACGCGUACCCGAGCGCUAUCGAGCUGUCGAUCUGCAGGUGAAAUUCCGAAGCCUAAUAAGUCGCCCGGUCUCAUUUGUGUCUCGAAAAAAGGACACAGAUAAAGGAGACGGCUGA